UGAGGGGUCAGAUGGCGAACGUGCCCUAGAACGUACGCGAUGCUCCGCCCUCUCAGCACACACGCCGGGUAGGAGGGCGCAAUCAAGUCUUGGUGGCUGCGAGCCUCGUCUUCAGUGUAUGGUUCUCCACGCCAGGCGGUUCUGCUUGGUUUCAGCCAUGGAGGGCGUGCGCUGGGCGUUUUCUUGCGGCACUUGGCUGCCGAGCCGAGCCGAAUGGCUGCUCGCAGUUCGAUCGAUCCAGCCUGAGGAAAAGGAGCGCAUUGGCCAGUUCGUCUUUGCCCGGGACGCUAAGGCAGCCAUGGCUGGUCGUCUCAUGAUAAGGAAAUUAAUUGCAGAGAAAUUGAAUAUCCCUUGGAAUAACAUUCGUUUGCAAAGAACUGCAAAAGGAAAACCAGUUCUUGCAAAAGACUCAUUGAAUCCUUACCCCAAUUUCAACUUUAACAUCUCUCAUCAAGGGGACUAUGCUGUACUUGCUGCUGAACCUGAGCUACAGGUUGGAAUUGAUAUAAUGAAAACUAGUUUUCCAGGUCGUGGUUCAAUUUCAGAAUUCUUUCAUAUUAUGAAAAGAAAGUUUACCAACAAAGAAUGGGAAACAAUCAGAAGCUUUAAGGAUGAAUGGACUCAACUGGAUAUGUUUUAUAGGAAUUGGGCACUGAAAGAAAGCUUCAUAAAAGCCAUAGGCGUUGGACUAGGAUUUGAAUUGCAACGGCUUGAAUUUGACAUAUCUCCAUUAAACCUGGAUAUAGGCCAGGUUUACAAAGAAACACGCUUGUUUCUGGAUGGAGAAGAAGAAAAAGAAUGGGCAUUUGAGGAGAGUAAAAUAGAUGAGCACCAUUUUGUUGCAGUAGCUCUUAGGAAACCCGAUGGAUCUAGACAUCAGGAUGCUUCAUCUCAAGAUGAUUCUAAACCAUCCCAGAGGCAGUUUACUAUUCUCACCUAUAAUGACUUAAUAUCAUCUGCUGUUCCUAUGACCCCCGAAGAUCCUUCAUUUUGGGACUGUUUUUGCUUCACAGAAGAAAUUCUGAUACGAAAUGGUACAAAAUCGUGAUAUGAUAAGUAAUAAAGGGAAAUGAAAACUUUGUAAUAUGCUGUACUCACAAAAAAUAAAUGCCUGAUACUAUCAAGUUUUAUUUCACAAAACACUUUGAAAAAAGAAAAACAACUUUCCUAUUAAAAAAGCAUACUCCCAGUUCAAGAUAGCUUAAUAGAAUACGUUUACCUUUUCUUUCUUCCCAGAAUCGCGUUGAAUUGACAGAAGAAAUAGAAAAGGGUGGCAGAAUGUUAAGUGAUACAGGCAUGCCUUGUUUUAAUGCACUUUGCUGUUUUGUGCUUCACUUUAUUGUGCUUCACAGGUUAACAUUUUUUACAAAUGGAAGAAGGCAAGACCCUCCACCAGCAAAAAGAUUAUGAUUGACUUUAUUAUGGUAGUCUGGAGCUAAACCCAUGGUAUCUCUGAGGCAUGCAAGUAUGUAAUAAGGAAGCAUUUAAAUUCCUGUCCCUCAGACAUAACUAUAUCAGAGAUAACUACUUUUAAAACCUUUUUCUUGGCAAAUGAAUCCAUAUUAAUGUACUUGGGUUUUUUUUUAAUAAAAAAAUGGGAACAUACUAUUUUGUAAAUUUUUUUCUCUUAAUUGUACAUCUACUGUUCAUAAAUAAUUCUGUGGCAAACCUGUUACUGACUCUAAAGUAUUCUCUUGUAUGGCUGAUAUCAGUUAGGAUGCUUUUGACCAGAGGUAACGGUGUCCAAAUUAAACUUAUGUAAAGUUACCAAGAAUAUUUAUUAUCUCAUACAAAACACAGUUCAGAGGCAUCAUUAGGACACAUUUUUGCCUCUGCCUCAGGUUGUUUUGCCUUAGGCUUGUUUCAUGGUCAUGAGAGCUGCCAGUAUAAAUUCCAGCUUCACAUCUUCAUAAAACUGCAUCUCAAAGAAAGGCUCUUGUGUUCCCCCCCUCACAUCUCAGUUUCAUCAGUGAGGAGUACAUUUCCCACGAGUCCGCAGAAGAGUUCCCUUCAGUUUCCCUUGACUGAGAUCAGAUCACCAAGAAAGCCAAUCCUUAGACUGUAAAGAAGAAGCUAAGGUGAAGUUGGCGUUGAGGGAAGCCUACUGCCUGCUGCAAGGGAGGUAUGCCUCAAUUUACUCAUUUUUCCUCUUUGUUAGACAUUUUGAUUGCUUGUAGACUCUAAGUAGUGGUGCAGUGGUUAUCCUUACAACCACAUUGGAGCUACAUGCUGAAUUACUUCUUGAGAAAGUUUCUGGAAGUAGAAUGGUUGGUUCAAAGGGAUUAAACUUUUUUAGAGUUUUGUGUGGCCAAAUUGCUCUCCAAAACUUUGCUUGUACAACUUACACUUCCAGUUAGUUUUACAUGUGUGACCACCUUUCACCCCCCCACCUGUCCUGAUAAGCUAUAGAUAACUCUUUUUUUAACUUAACCUUUGCCAAUAUAUGUGAAAAAUGGUACCUUAUUUUUUUUAAUUUCUGUUUCUUUCAUUACAAAUGAGGUUUAUAUGUCAGUGUUGUUACUGCCUGUUUGUAUUCCUUUUUUAAUGAACUGCCUGUUCAUUGUGUUUGCCUGUUUUUGUUUUUGAGUAAAUAGGUUUUAAGUUAAAGUGGGAACAUAAUAUAUAAAAUGCCAAGACCAUCAUAUUGAUGACAGAAUCUGUUGGGUUGGCCAAACAGUUCAUUUAGUUUUUUCUGUACGAUGGCUCUAGUAGUGUUUAGUUGUCUUUAACUUCAUUCGAAAUAAUUUUGUUGAUUAGAUUGUAUUGUAACAGCUGUCAUAUCAGCGUGCAUUUUUAAAAAAAUCAAAAUUGGUAGAUUUGCGCAUUUUAAUAUUGAAGAUGGAAGAAAAUAGGCAACAUUUUCGCCAUAUUAUACUUUAUCAUUUCAAGAAAGGUAAAAACACAACUGAAAUGCAAAAAGAUUUAUACAGUGUAGGGACAAGGUGCUGAGACUGAUCAAACAUGUUAAAAGUGGUUUUCAAAGUUUCUUGGUACUACUGACAUUGUAGCCAAAUAAUUCUUUGCUGUGGGGCUGUCUUAUGCAUUGGAAGAUGUUUAGUAGCAUUCCUGGCCUCUACCCACUGGAAGCCAGUAGCAAGAGAUAGCCAACAUACUCAAAAUAUCCAAAUCAAUAAGGCUGUUGGUGAAAAUGAAAAGCGUGUCUUUUACUUUACAGAAAAAACUAAACAGACUUUCAAGGCAACCCAUUUUCAUGUGGUUGUAGUGCAUGUCUUGGAGAAUUGGUGUUACUGUUUAAUAUCAAGAAGUGAGAUAAUUUUAUUGUUUCUGUUACUAAAAUUGAAAGUUGUGUGUAAAAUUAGAUACUUAGUAAAAAGAAAUAAUUGGAAUGUUUUAUAAUUUUUUAUUUUAUUAAGCAUGCCCAAUAUUCCAAGCAUAGUAAAUAACGUGUUUUAAACAAAUUGAGUAGCAUUUAUAAUAUAGAAAGCAUUAUCUCUAGCAUGAAUGUAAUGGUGAUAGGAAAAACUGUCAUCUCUCUUGUCAUUAUAAUAAAAUGAUUAACAUUGAAUUUUUA